AUGGUUAAUAAAAAUAAAAUAGUGGAAGAGGUGAAACUGUUUUGCGAGACAGUAACGAUUAGAGGGAUCUCAAGGAUUGUGAAGUCCAAACAAAAUUUUGUAGCGUUUACAUGGUCUCUCGUCGUAAUGGUGUGUUCGGGUGUGUUGGCAUGGCAGCUCCAGUCGUUGAUCGUUAAUUAUUUCAACUACCCCUUCAUGACGACAAUCACGGAGCAGAGCGAAGAACCAGUCUUUCCCACGGUGACUGUUUGCAACUUGAACCCAAUUCUGAUGGCGAAACCAGAGUACACGGAUAUUCUUUCCUGGUCCCAACAUUUGAAGAACGUGAUGGAGGCCACAAUAAAAACCGAUUACGACACUUUGAUGAAAAAUGUCUCGGAGUUAUCGAAGCACGAUGCCGAAGACUUGAUAAAAGAUCUCGAAUCUCCCGGUGGAUAUUUUUCUAAUUUUCCUUUACGUAAUUUACUAGACGACUCGGAUAGUGAUACCAAUUUAAUAAUGAACUACAGUUUCAAUGGCUGGGACUGGAUGAGGUACGAACCAAACGUAACUCUAAGAAGCCAGUGGGACUCGAACUAUUACAAAUGCUACGAGAUUGAUGUGAGGAAAGAAGAGAAAGGCAGCGUGAGAUCGAUGAGUUUGAUUCUAUACAUCAACAACUUCCCUAGCGUUGUCAUGCCUGGCCUUUAUCAAUUUGGAGGCCUGACAUCAAAAGCUACAGGCGUGCGAAUAAAAGCUCACUACCCGGGCACAAGGGGUGACAUGAAGAAUGGAUUGAGUCUCAGUCCUGGGACAGAGAGCACUUUUUACAUUCAGAUGAUCAACCGAACAAGACUGCAUUCUCCAUAUAACAAAGAAGACUGUACUGAUCAAAAUAAUUUCAGCCCCGAUGAGACCGGCCACUUGUACAGCAGGGAGGACUGCAUCGAGUACUGCUUGCAACAGCAGGUCGUCGAUCAGUGCAAUUGUGUUUCUAUAGAUCACUUAUUUUUGAAAGCGCAACUGGAAAAAGUUUACUACAAGUCUUGUGGAAAUAUGUCAAACAUUGGCGGUGAUUACAAUGGUCCCCAAAACGCGUCUUUAUAUUACGGAAACGGAAAUAAACUGUUGCCUGAUAUCGUCAAAUUACUGACUUGCCAGAAAAAAGCGUUACAGAUCAAAUCAUCGCCGUGUUUGAAGAAGUGUUCAGCUCCUUGCUCCGAAAUACGUUAUGAUUAUCAAGGAUUGUACGCCAGCUGGCCCGACGUCACUCAACAUCUGUCCGUUUAUAAAAGUUACGUGAAGAAUGGAAUGUAUAAAACUAUUCACCCGGAUCUUUUCAAAAGUUACGAGGACCUGGCCAACCAGAAAAGUAACGGCACGAUGAACGACACCGAGAUUAUCAAAAAAUUAAAUGAAUUAACCCUGAUAAAGAAGAAUUUUCUUCAGGUAAAUAUCGUUUUUGAAUCUAACAAACCCCUUCUUAUCGAAGAUAAAGAGAUGAUAACACCAGAGACGAUGUUAUCAUCGAUAGGAGGAAGUCUCAGUCUCUGGCUUGGAAUAACAAUCAUGACACUGGCCGAACUGGUCGAGUUCAUCUUCAACCUGAUAUUUGUCGCUUUCCACGAAAAAACUGAAAAGAAAAUCCAGCCAAAUCAAAGAUAG